AUGAUCCAACAGUUAUGUAACACCAACAGAAAGAACAAAGUUCAAAGAGUAGAUCAUCCAACGUUGCUUGAAUUUUCUAAAAUUCUGUAUGUUCCUUUAUAUUAUCUUCUAUUAUUUAUAGAUAUACUAUAAAUACUAGAAUAACAUUCUUUAUUCUUAUUAUUUGUUAAUAUUUUAAUUUCAUUCGUAGAAUAUUAGUUACGAUUAUGAUAUUCGCACAAAAUUUCCAUCGUAUCAUCGCUACUCGUCUAAUCUUCAAAUUAUUUAGAAAAUCUUUUAUCGCAAACUUCUUCCAUAUUCCAUAUUCAUAACCAUCUCGUAAAGCUCGCUUCUAUAAUUAUUACGUUCAUUGCUUAAUUUAAAAUUCCACCUUCGUAAUAUUACGUACGUGGUUGGACUGCAUAUAUCUCCUCUCUUAUUGCUAAUUAGAUGUCUUCUUCCAAGAAGUACUUUUUGUUACAAUUCAUGUAUAAUUAUAUAAUUAUUAUAAAUAUUUAUAUAUUAUUAUAUUAUUAUAAUUAUUGUAAUAUUUAUAUAUUAUUAUGUUAUAAUUAUUAUAAUUAUAUAAUAAAUAUAUAAUUUAUAUAACAGGCUUAAAAAAAAAAAGAAAACAGUAAUAUCUUUUCCUAAAAUGUCUAGUGAACUUUCAAGAGGUUGGAAAACACGAUAAAAUUUGUAUUCCUGUCUCCUCCGUCGUUUGUUUAAAAGGGUCUACGAAAUCGAUGUUUCCCGUUUAGCUAUAUUUUCUCCCUGCUUCUCUGUUUUUCGCGCAGAAGCUUUAUUUCUCUCGCGGCAGCUGUUCGAAUCGAAGGAGGAGAGAGGACAAUUUGAAGAAAUUAAUGAUUUAUCAGUCGAUGAUGUGAGAUUGCGAAUGUUGCUAACGUUAUUUCGUUUUGGUUGCAGGUGAUAGAGUCGUGCUGCAGCCGGGGCAGAGGUGAGGGCAGGCCAGGCGGAGAUCGAAGAAGGGAUGAAUGGAACGGCGGCGUUGCGACGCAGCGUCGGGGGUGGCGGAGGCGCCGCCGGGGGUGGAACCGUCGAACCAGCACCCGUUGCCACCCUCGUCGUCUACAAGGACGACGCCGGAUACGGGAUGAAAGUCUCCGGUGAUAAUCCUGUCUACGUUCAAUCUGUGAAGGAAGCUUCGACGCAGGUGGUACUGACGGUGCAGCAGAAGCCAGUUGCAACGAGCAGCGCGGCGACAACAGCCACGGGUCUACAAGUUGGUCUGGCGGGUGGACAUCAGCGACCAGUUAGUCUAUCAGCCGGUACCACGAUGGUAUCACCCUCGCAGCCGGCAACUUCCUUACACAGGGCAUCGACUGCUCCAGCAGCCGGUGCACCGUGUAAUGCACGUAUUACGGGACCUCAACCUGUCGAUCAUGAGAAAAAGCGGCAGCUGGAAACCCAGCGCGUUCAUACAUUCCAGCUUAUGUUGGAGAAGGAGCAAAGUUAUGUUGAUAAGCUUCGGAGCGAACUCGCGAAAGCUAGUACUGGCAGUGGUAAUGUUAACGUUGUAGCACUACAAACAGAAUUAGCUGGCGCCGAAAGGAGAGUACGCACUCUGCAGGAGCAGCUAGCUGCAAUUACAACCAAUGAACAGCUUUGCUCGUUGGUAACAAACACCUCGUGUUCCCCGGGUUAUUAUUCACCCUUGAGUAGUAGCAGUGGUGAUGUACCACCACCUCUACCAUCUCGUAAAUCCUUGUCCAUGCAAAGCCUGUCUCCGCCACCAUUGCCUCCCAGACCUCCGCCUACUACAAAUACGCACCACGUAGCCCAGUUGGAGCUGGAGCGUCAUCUGUUGACUCAUUUAACGCCCUCAACCACCAGUCAUGGCAUACCUAACUCUCUUUCACAAGGUGCAAAUUUGGGUUCCUCAAAUUCACUUAAUAAGCACCAACGAACAAAAUCCAGUCCAGAACAACUGGGAACAACAAGCAUUUCUCCAUCAGAAGCUAGUAGACGUUUAAUAGCAUCAGAAUCAAUGAAUGAUCUUUCUCCUCCAAGGCAUGUAAGGCAUAGUGACAUUGAUAUAGAUGAAUUACCUCAUAUCACUCCUCCAGGAACUCCACCUCCACCAUAUCCAGUUGCUAGUCCAGGAAAUGAUACCUCGAGUUCUACUAUUAAUGAUGGACAAUUAGAAGAUCAUGGUCCAUUUAAAUCUUUGUCUCGAUUAUGGGGACAUCAUGCACACCUUGCUGUAUUUAUUAAUUAUGUUUUAUCAAACAGUGAUCCUUCCAGUCUGUUGUUCUAUUUAGUAACGGAUUUGUACAAAGAAGGCAAUGCAAAAGAAAUGAGGAAGUGGGCAUAUGAAAUUCAUUCUAGUUUUUUAGUACCUGGUGCAAUUUUUUGGAAAGCACGUACACGUGCAAAAGAAGAACUGAAUGAGCAACUUGCAGACUUCCAACAGAAGAGAACUGCUGGAUUAGGUACAUUAUUUGGUCCAAGUGACGCUCAAUUGGAUGAAAGUGCAUCUGAUAGGAUGCGUGAGACAAAAAUCAUAGAAACGUAUCUAUUACCCAAAAUGGAGCCUUAUUUAGAAGAUAUUGAAAAAGAACAUGUAGAUUUGCGACAAUUCACAACAGCAGCUGGUUUGGCAACAAUAUUAACAAAAAUUUUCCAAGUCCGGCCAGUAUCGCUUGAUCGAGUACCUACUUUUGUCGCAAAAGAUAAGUCAAAUCUCAAAGCGCGUUUGCUUACGGGAAAAACAAGAAAAAUGACAAUCAGGGGUCAUCAUUUUGUCGCUCAUCAAUACUUUACUAUUACUUAUUGUAAUCAUUGUCAACUUAUCAUUGGCGGAAUUGGACCUCAAGGGUAUUUAUGUAGUGAUUGUUCUCUAAGCGUUCAUCGUCAAUGUGUUCGUGUAGUAGAAGAAAAUUGUCCAGGACCAUUGGUUAGAAAGGAAAGAGGUAAUGAUCGUAUAAGUAAAUUGAUGGAACGUAUUAGGCCUGAAAGGAAACCACCAUCAUCGCACCAUCAUCAUUCUCAAAAUCACAUGCUUCAUGGAGAACAUCGCGGGGGCGUUAUAGCCGGAAACGCGCGUAGUAGUAGCGAAAGAGGACGCAUUUCCGCUUACAGCGGAGCCUCUGAUCACGCCGAUAGUAUGGACAAUCCUUCCUCGCGGGAAGAUAUUUCUGAAAUGUAUGUUCUUCGUAUUUGCACAAGGAAUUGCCGAAAGGAAUCGUUUUCUUUAAAUUGCUUCGAUCCAAUUCCGUUGGUCUUCACAGUAAACUUAGCAACGUUUAAAAAUUCUUGCGGCAAAUCUUUGCGUUUCCCUUUCAUUCGUAUCGUCUCAUCGCAGCAGUUUUCUUAAACCCGUCGGAUGAAACAAAAAGCAUCGUACAAAUUUGUUUUCAAGUUAAUUUUCAUCCUUAGUAGUUAAUUUAUCAAUUUUAUAGCGUUUCGUUUAUCCUUGUCAGUUUGUCAAAGGUAGUGCAAUUUUCCCAAGACGUAAAGAAAACUUCGAUUCGAUAUCGUAGAUAUUUAUUGAAUUGCGUUUUUCAUUUCCAUUCGCGCGCAAUCGCUUAGCUCAUUUCUGUUAUAGAUAUUAAUUUACGCUUUGUUAAUUACGAUUACUUAGGGUCCAGCAAAAUAUUUCCAGUAAGCCAAAGACGUCAAACAUAAACAGGUCUGAAAGUUACAAGGAGCGGAUACAUCACAAGGUAAGAAGAAUUUCUUCCAACAAUCUUUUAGCAUGAAAUUUUUCUAGCGUAACGUAUAAAACGGGGACGAUUCACCGGGACGAAUUAACAUCCCGAGACACGCAAAAUAUCGGCCGAGUUCUCGCGAAAUUUAUUAUUACAUAAAUUUUCGAUGAAACAAGAUUUCGUCUCUGAGUAUCAUUGCAACUGUUCUCAUUGCAGCGACAGCUACGAGAAAAGAGGAAGACCAGCGAUCCAAAUCUGUCAAAAACGAAGUGA